AUGGCGAACUGGAAAGUACUGGGCGAGGUCCCAGACUCGGACGACGAGCUCGACUUCGAUAGUCAGGAAUUCGAGGGACUUCCGAACAUCGAGGUUCCUCCCAACAAACCAAACGGUGCCCUGCAGGCCACCAGAGCUCUCAAAGAAAGCGUAUGGGACGUUCCUGAAUCCUCACAAACGACUACAAACACACCCGCGAACUCUCAAGCUCCAGUUUCGAAUCGUGAACCAACUAUACUUUCUGCAGACGAGCCGGCUUCUUCGCCACUUUCUUCAGCACUAGACGUCGAUGACCUUGCUGACAUUUUCGACUGGAGAGACCAAGCAGCAGGAGGGCCUUCUAUGACCAGGCAGAGGUACACAAUCGACGGUCGUGACGACUCGCCAGACCCCUUAAUGGGGGACGACAGCAUAUCUACGAGCUAUGUCAAGAUCACGGCGCCCCUGCCAGAAUUUCCUUUUGAGAACGAUGAGCAGAGUCUGCCUCCUCCAAUUGUUCCGCUAGCAAGCCCAGAGAGGCGCCUGCAAAAUUCACCGAGAAAUCUGCAAAGUCCGCUGAGGGAUCAAGGAUCAUCAAGGAGCCAGCAUAGGUCACAAGCUAGCCAACACCGCGCUAGCAUGAACCGGGAUGAAGAGGUUGCGAGAGAAACAGCGCUACGAUAUGAACGCUCACUGAGGCCCCGGAAACCGAUACAAGAACACCCAUACCUUAUCGAGAAUGCUCAAUACAGCAAAGUCUUUAAGUCGCAUGGCCUACGGCCGAUGAGGAUGGCAACCGAGUCAGUCUCAAGACGACAAAGGAUCGACGACGAUUCACAGGAGAAAGACUUUGAGGCCAGCCAGGAAAGCACAGUUGAUGGGCUAAAUGAAACAACGGAUGAGAGCCAAUAUACAGGACCGGAGAACCCGUCAAAUUCCAGGCUUCUGCAGGUGUCUCCGUCCCCAUCCUCGUCCCUGUUGCGGACCUCAUCCCCUAAGCACAAGGGUGGACCGAGUAGCCAACCGAGCCAAGGUGGAGAAACAGACAACACCAGCUUGUCUGAUAAUGAAGAUCUUCCCUCGAUCGAAGAGAUAUUCCGCAAGUCAACAACAACACAGGCCAGAAAGAGGCGAAGGCUAGUAGGCGACAGUGUUGCCAAGCGUAGGCACGUGAACAAGGCUGUACCGGACAUAUGUUCGCCCUCAGGCCCUACCUUUCAAACGUAUGAUGAAGUUUAUGACAUUCAUUCGUCUCCUUCUGUAUCGCCACAGAUCCAAACUACCACAGCCGACCAUCGGGCCGACCCUGUAACAGAGAUGUCAGACAUUGCCCAUGUUAUUUUUGACGAAGACAUAGACGAAGACGACCCUUUUCGGUUACCAGAAAGACUUGUUCCUGCAGCAGAAAACCAGAGAAAUAUCGACAUGACAAUGUCAGAUAUUUCAGAUGUUGAAGACGGCAUUCAGCUUGAAGUCGAUGACACCGCCGCUAUCUCUGGACCGGAGUCAGAAGCAGGUUCUGAAAGCGGAUCAGAAGUCUUUAGAGACGUUGGUCGAAGAAUCCGAGGAGUUCUUCCAGCAUCUUGGCUUAGACUCGACCAGCAAACUACUCGUCCGAAGUCAACUCAACCGCAUCACCACGAACCGUCGCCCAAGAAGACGCCAAGACGGGGAGUUGCUGUUAGAAGGAUUGGCCGUUCAACAACCACAACAACAGCCUCCUUCAUCUUUGAAGAUUCUGAUGAUGAAGGCACAUCAGCGUCGAAGCCUGUGCGCAAUGCCAUCAGCAACAACUCUAUGCCAUCUUUACAGCGAGAUGGAGCACAAGUUAUCGAGGUCGAUGAUGAUGACUCCUCUGCCAUGGAGGAUAAUGGUAUUGAUCAUAUGGCCCCAAGUCGAAAACGGCAGAUGGCUCUGAGCGAGGCUUUUAGGCCUGCAAAGAAACAGAGAAAAGAUGCGAUGCUCCCGAAUAGCGGAUCUAAAAGACCUGGAAGACCGCCAAAGGCCACAGGCCGGUGUAAAAAGAACUCCCGACUUGAUCCUUGGGUAAAACGUUGCAAAUCACAAUCUGGUGGGUCCCGGCUUGCUGCCGGGGCGAAGAGCCCUCCACGCUUGAGUAUUCUAGAUGUCAUCGAACCAAACGCGCCACGCUUUCUAAAGAUUGCUGCCCGGACAGCUCAAACUAGAAGCCAGCUGGGAAGGGCCAGCCCUAUGCACAAGACUAUUCGUCUGGCAACCCGAAAGGACAAUAUUGACGCUGGUUCAGUGUUGCAGAGAUGGAAGGGGAAUAAAAUCCAACCUCGCCAAGGAUUGCAACGUAGUCGUCGUGCUAGGUCGAUUAGCCGUCAUCCUCUUGCCCAGGUUUCGUCCAACAUAUUUUCGCGCACAUCUGUAUCGUCACCCAAGAGUCAAACAGCUAAACAAUCUGCUAGAGCUAUUCGCGAAGAGACUGAAGCUGUGACACCUUCACCUGGUGCUCGACGUACCCCACGUCCAUUUUCCAGACAGCAAUCCAGUGGAAGUCAGCACACCCACGAUGCUGCCAACAGACCGGCUCAGCUCGAGACUGAUCUGGCCGAUCAACCGGGGAGAAUGGGCUUUCAUGCGAGAAAACGAGCACUUGAUGCUCUCUUCCGGUGGAGCAAAUCCCAGUCGUUGUCUACAAGGAGUGUGCACUUGGAAUCUGUCAUUGAUGACGAGUGCUCUGCUGUUUCAGAGCAGAGUCUCGCUGCUAAAGCCCCCCCUGAGCCGUCAGUGGUUGAGAAGCCCCGGCUUAAACGACCGAGAAAGCCCGCCCAACCGGUACGCGUUGAUGUUGCUUCCGCUAGAUUCCGCCACGCCGACGACCCAUUACCAACAACUGAAGUUUCCGCCCUAGCAGAGGCGCCCAAGACAGCAUUGACUGACAACCAACUUCUGGGUCUCGGUCCCUUUGGCACUCAGUAUACCCAACACUUUGAAAUAUUCCCACUUGAUUGUGGUGUGUUCUUCCACGAAACAACACUCAUAGGAAGCGGUCGAGUUGAGACUGCGGUCGAUGAUUGUUUUAUAGAGAAGGUCUGGCAACCUCGCCCCCGAGUGUCAUUUCAUUUAGGAGAUCAGAUUCUUCGCUGGGAUCGCUGGUCCGAGCAAGUAUCAUCAGAAUUCGGUAUUCUAACGGACAGCAUUUUGGACCAAAUCCUCAAACCAGUGUUGCCAACAGAGGUCGGGUUUGACACGAAUCACGCCGCUCGUUUUAUCCUGGACUAUGUACAGAAGUCAAUGAGCUUCCUUGAUGAUGCCGGUGCUCAUUCCUUUGUCACUCGUCUAGUUGACGUGGCCAUCUCAUUCUUGUCUCGGCUAAAUUUGGAAACUCUGGACUCAGGCAAACGUCUGAAGCUCAUUGACGUUCUUUCAAAUCUCAUUCUUGUCAUGUCUUGUACAGUUCGACUUUGUCAAAAACACUCGACCUUGGUAUCAGACAGUUUCACAGUGGAGAACGUUCUCCGGAAAGUUGCCGAAACCCUUGUCCGCGUCCUCCUUGAAACAGGACUUGAUGAAGUGGUUCAUCUGUAUGAUGACCUUCAAACGCUGACAUUUCGUGAGCGAGGUAUUCGCCCCGAUAAAGUCAUUCCACACGCAUGGGUGUUGUUGAUGAGAGUGUUGGAAAGCCUCCGCAUCCCGAGAAUGUCUUUCUGGGAUGUUACCUAUUCGCAUAUGAUUCAGCCUGCAGUCCUGAAAGCAGCAGAUGCCGUAGGAUUCGAGCGGCUAUGGCAGGAAAUGUUUAUACUCUUGCCAUUAUGCGAGUUCGACAACUCGGGCGUGCUCAUUGCCAACAGAAGACAUCGUGUAUCCAUGGAUGGCUGGAAUCUACCGCAACAGAUUUUGAAACGCGUUUUUCAACUAUAUCGCGACAAUCCUCGUCAAUCACCAAGCUUCAACGAUUACUGUCGUAUGCUUGUGUCCAGAUGUCACUAUCUGGUCGACCAAUGGGGAUGGCAAAAAAGUGGUGGUAUAAUCGGCACGAUAUUCGACUUUUUCGGCUCUCAUGAUUUGGCCCAUCUACGGAAUGAAGAGGCGUUCCGUUCCGCUCGAUUCCUGGACAACCUUCACCACAACCCGUCACUUAAAGUUGACUUGGAUGAUCGUUGCUUCCAUAUCUUUUUGAAAUUGGUUGCCUUAGCUAUCAAGAAGUUAAGAGAGAAGGGCUUGAUCAAUGACAUCCGGAAUCUAGUAGCACGUACGCUUCCCAACCAUGACCGGCAGUACUCCAAAGAGCAAAACGUUCAUCAACAUGACUUGGCUGCCCUAAGAAAUCAUCACGAUCUGCUUUGCACCCUGUUCUGGGCGGCGCCCCCCGAUAUCCGGCCUGGCAUCCACAAUUUGGAAAAGCUUGUGAUUCCUGCCAGUUCUCACAAGGAGGCUUGCCUGAUCAAUUUGAGGGCAUGGAGUCAACUCGCAAGAUUCGUUGCGCACGAAGAGUCCGCUGCAUCAUUCCUUCCUCUGUCCAACUGGCAGUCAAACAUUUUCAAGCAACUGUUAGACCAGUACAACUCUGCUGCGUCAGACAUUAAGCAGCAGUUCCUCGCAAUGCCAAAAGACAACACCAGCGGUAUCAACGAGGAUUUUAUGAACUCUAUCGUCGCAAUCAACAAGGCUGCAACAAUGGAGAUCAUUCUAUUCUCUGUCAAAUCUUCCAUGGACGUCGUCCAACAUGCAAGUAGUUUAGAGUUGGCUAGACUUGCCUCCAACACUGUUCAACUGCAACAUGUCUUCCAGCACUUCUCAACUCUCCCCGCAGAUUUUCCAUCGGCGCUUCUGCAAGCUUCUCUCACUAUCUUGGAACGUCUUCUUGGCCGCAUUGAAUCUGUUUUCAACGAAGCUGAUGAAAGCCAAGAUAGUAUGGCGUCGAACACUGUUGAGUCUGAAGAUGCUAUCCUUAUGCUCGAGCGUGACUUGGCUGCGGUCUUUUUCUCGAUGGCCCGUUGUAUCUUAUCCAACCAGGCUGCGAGAGGCAAACCCAACAUUAAGGCUGUGUCAAGUGCCUGCGUUGAACAGUGCGUUGUUGUGGCUGGUAUUAUGACGAGCUUAUUUGUUCGCUGCCAGAUGAUGCGUUUAUCCCAAGUUUUCAAGCGAGGUAAAUAUUGCCUCUUUGAAAAUAUGCCAAACAGGCUGAGCAUGAGCCAACGGCCCUAUCUCCCAUUAUUCCUGUCAACUGUUGCAGAGAGAGGAGCAGCGAUCAACCUUACCGAUAUUGGGGUGGACGUCUUACAGUUAUGGCUGUUAACCAUCGUUCAACCAAACCACUGUUUGAGGUUUGAGAAUCAAUUUGGACAGCAACUUCAGCGUGAGGGUCACGCUUUCAUUCCAGAAAAAGCCGUGGGCCUUGUUGUCAAUCCAGGUUAUCUAUCUAAUCGCGACUUUUUCGAAUACGCCAUGAUAUGGAUGCGGCAAUCCCUCCAGACGACAGAUGCUGCGAUGAAAAAAUUGAACCUCUCUGAUUUCACUAAGACAUUAGACAACGUUAUGCAUCAGAUGCGGGCUGACCUUCAAGCCACGGCCAUUGAAUCAACAGAGCACCCGAACUACGUCAGAUUUGUACGCGGUAUAAUAUCCUUGAUCACAACUUACGGUGCAGACAUCUGCAAAGUUCUUUCUUUUUUCAAAGAAGUGAGCAAAGAGUAUUCGCCGCCCGCAGAGGACCCUGAGCUUCAAGUGGCCAGGAUCCUGUCUUACGGCCUGAAGCUCGCAGAGGGUAAUACAGGCAUAGCCAGCAGUUUAUUUUACCUCUUGCUCAACAACUUCAAAAAGGCUCUUCAGCUUGGCAGGCUACCGCACGAGGUCACUCUGCUUAAAGCCGCCAUGAAAAGCGACGCCGUUGUGGCCUUUACAGUCAGGAUGCUCUCCGCAGUCUUGCAUGCCACUAGGUCUAGCCCCGAGGCCUAUGCGCUGCUAGAUGUAUUCUGCGAUGCUCUUGGACUUGUGUGGAAUGGGUCGGCUAUCAAUCGCCAGCUGAGUGAUGAUACUCUUACCUCUGUCACCGGUCUGAUCACGUCAAUACUGGACUGGGCAACAGCCGUAAGAGGUACAUUUCUUUGUGCUGAGCACAUUCAUAUACUCAGGAAGAUUGUUUGGCUCGUCAACACCCUUCAACCAACAAUCGAGUCUUUUUCAUUAGCUUUUGAGGAAAGGAGGUGGUGGCACAAUCUGAUGGAGCGCCUAGAGUGGUUCAGCUUACUUGUCGAAGGGGCACAGGAUUAUCUCAGGACCGAGCUUGGCAGGUCCCAGGUGCCGUCGCUCUCCCCCUUAGCACUCUUUCGCCGAUUGAGAGACACCAAUGCCAUCAAGAUCCAAGAUGCCAUGGUUCUUGAAUGGUCUCGAGUCAUCGCGGAAGAUGUACAGAGAAAUUGGGUUGUGAAAGGUCCCAUCUGGACAGUACCUGGGAGUACUUGUGAUACCACCUCGACGCAGCCUGCACACGGCACUAUCAAACUAAACUGGAAUAUGCAAGAACUGGUGACCAGCUUGCAUGAUCAACUUCAAAUUUGGAACCAGUGGUGGAUUGAGGGAAAUAGUAAACCCGGUGAACGAAAAGUAUUUACUUUUGAAGACUAUGCGAUAUUCUAA